GAAAAUCCGAUACGUGUUUUGGAGUCGUACACCGAUUAUAACCCCGACCAACCAAACAGGUGAAGGAAAUAUUAUACUAUUAAUUAAUUCUGCUCAUCAAGUAAAACGACUGCAAAUCUUCUUCCGUAUCACGUUCUGCUCUCUCAACUCCCAGUCGUCUUCUUCUAAAAAUUUUAGAGAGAGAACAAGAGGUAAAACCUAAUUUACACCUCUUAUUAACUUAUCCCCAUUCAACUCAAUCACGCCAAUUUCAGGGUUUCUGUUUUCUUCUCGAAGGACUUGUUUGUGUGAGAAAUUAGGAUCUUAGUUUAGAAUUAAACUAAUUGGGAGGAGGAGUUGGGUAAUUUAUGUUUUUUUGAUUGAUCUUGAUCAGUGAAUAGGGGGAACUUUUUUAUAUUUUGAAAUGGCUACUGGUGAUGAUAAUUCUGAUUCAGUUCUAAGCGAUGUGGAGGGAGACGAUCCAGUUCCUAUCGUGUUAGAUACUCAUUCAUCUUCUAAAGAAAGUGUCGUUUCUAUAGAGAGAUUUCAAGAAGUCGUAAGUGAGUUAGAUAGAGAAAGAAAAGCAAGAGAAGUUGCCGAAAAGGCAAAAUCUGAACUUCAAGUUUCCUUUAAUCGAUUAAAGGCCUUGACACAUGAGGCAAUUAAGAAGAGAGAUGAGAGUGUGAGGCAGAGAGAUGAAGCAGUGAGAGAAAAGGAAGAAGCUCUGAGUUCGAAUGAGAAGACUCUAAAGGAAUUAGAAGAAGUUGUACGGUUGAAAGAUGAGCUUUUGAAGCAGAGAGAUGAGAGUGCACAAGAACUUGAUGACGUGGUUAAGGCAAGAGAUUCAACAAGGUCGGAGAUUGAAGCUUCAACGCAGUUACUUGUGACUGGGAUUGAGAAGAUUUCAGGGAAAGUGAGUAAUUUUAAAAUUUUCUCUGUUGGGGGACUUCCUAGAUCACAGAAGUACUCUGGGUUGCCAGCGGUUGCUUAUGGAAUCAUCAAGAGAACAAAUGAAAUAGUUGAGGAACUUCUCAAGCAGAUAGAUACUGCAACAAAAUCUAGAAAUGAUGCCCGUGAACAGAUAGAUCAUCGGAAUUAUGAGAUUGCCAUUGAGGUUUCUCAGCUUGAAGCAGCAAUUAGUGGAUUGAGGGAGGAGGUUGCUGCAAAAGCUUCCGGAAUCGAAAAUCUAGAGAAGUCGCUUUCUGAUAAAGAAAUAAUGGUCUCUGAGAUGAACGAGAAGCUAAAUGUGGCAGACAAGGAGGUGGGAGAGCUGAAGCAACUAGUUAAUGAUUAUGAUGGUAAGCUAAACAAUUUAGAAUCGAAGAUGGAAUCGCAAAGGCCGUUACAGAGUGAGCAGUUGAAGUACAUUUCUAACAUACAUGAGCAAUUGUACGAGAUUAUAAAAAUAGUGGAUGAGAAUAAAUUAGAUCAUUCAGAUUUGUCGCAUUCUAUGUUCCUCCCACAAAUGGAUAUGGAUGAGAAUUUACGUGCUUCUUUGGCUGGGAUGGAAUCUAUUUCUGAGCUAAUAAAGAUUACGAUGGAGAAAGUCAGGAAUCAAUUGGAAGUCAAAGGCCGGGAAGCAAAAGAUUUAAAUGAGACAGUUGCUCGAUUGGUGAAGGAGAAAAGCCAUAUUGGGACACUACUCAGAAGUGUUUUAUCAAGAAAGAUGAAAUUGGAUCCUUUGUCCAAGACGAGUGAGGUCCUACAAGUUGCAGAAAACGGUUUAAGAGAGGCAGGGUUAGAUGUCAGGUUCACUUGUCUAUAUGGGAACGGUGAUAAGAUGGAUUCUCAUGGAAAACAGGCUGCAGAGGAAAUAGAAGAGGAUGAAGUUUAUACCCUGGCUGGAGCUCUGGAAAAAAUUGUUAAUGCGUCCCAGCUAGAGAUCAUUGAUCUGCAUCACUCUGUUGAAGAACUAAGCUCACAAUCAAAUCAACUUAAAGCUCAAGUGGAGGCUCAAGAGAGGGAGCUCAGUCAAAGAAAGCUUCUGAUAGAAGAACUGAAAGAGAAGGAGAGCAUGGCUAAUCAAAGUGUUGAAGACCUUAUGAUGGACAUUGCCGCUGCAGAAGAAGAAAUUGCAAGAUGGAAAGUGGCAGCAGAGCAAGAAGCUGCAGCUGGAAGAUCUGUGGAGCAAGAGUUCCUAGCACAGUUGUCAGUUCUGCGGCAGGAAUUGGACGAAAUGAAACAGACUAUGUUGGAGUCCGACAAAAAGCUCAAAUUUAAAGAAGAAACAGCAGCUGCAGCUAUGGCCGCUAGAGAUGCAGCAGAGAAGUCAUUGAGGUUAGCAGAUUUGCGGGCUUCAAGGCUGAGAGAGAGACUCGAGGAACUGUCUCAGCAGAUCGAAGAGUCUGAUACUAGAGAAGAUUCAAGAAAUUGGACCCGACAGAGAUAUGCAUGCUGGCCCUGGCAAUGGUUGGGGAUGAACUAUGUAGGAUACCAACAGCCUGAGACACAACAACAGAAUUCAAAUGAAAUGGAGCUCGCGGAACCCCUUAUAUAA